CUUCAACAGCAUGAAGACAUUUAAGGGUGCUUCUCUCAUCAUUUUGCUGAUUUAUACCAGCACCAGCAUCAGAUGGCCUCUGCACACAGUUUGCAAGAAUGAUCAUUUGGAACUCUAUUACAGAAGUUGCGAUCCGUUGCAAGAUUUUGCUUUUAGCCUUGACCGCUGUCCUGCUGCAGUAAUCCACAGAAUUAACAUCAGAUUAGCAACAAUUUUAAGAAGAAGCAUCAUAGAAUUGUUUGUGGAUGUGAGUCUCAACGUAAAUGGGAAACAUGUCACAGUUUACUCCAAGCAACUUUGUGAGCGAAAUAAUCCACAAUAUACCUUCUGUGGAAUGAAGAAAGGAGAAUACUUCUACUAUGAAGGGCCUGUCUCUCUGGGAGACCAUGACAUCCCCCAGGGAGACUUUAAUGUAACAGUGGAGUUCUUCAAUGAAGACCGUCGCACUAUUAUUUGUGCUAAUUUUAUCAUUAAGAGUCACUGAGAGGUGGUUGCUUUUUUCCAACACUGUUAUUCAGAGAUGUGACUAAAAGCUACAGGAGUUGGAAAGGCUGAAGAAAGCCCAUUCCCCUGCAGCAGUUUAGUGAAAAAUGGAACACAGAGGUCUUGGUGCAAUCCCUGCUUGCAUUCUGUUGCUUUUAAGCAAGUUGCAAACUCUCACGUGUCAGUGUAUUCCACUGCAGCAUACUGUAUUUACCUUUACUUCCAUAAUGCUCUCUUUCUUUUUAUUAGACAAUUUGCUUAAUCUCAAAGAGAGGACAGGUCCUUUAAAAGCCUCCCCCCACCCAGUAAGAAGUAUCCCUUUCUGCACGUAGGUACCAGAUAGGAUUGACAGCUGUGAAGUCUGGAGAUCCUACCUGUCCUUUUUACAGCUCCAUUCCUCCUCUGGUCCUAUUAUCCAUACUGUUCCCUAGGGGAAGCUGGUGCCUCCUGUAAGUAUGGCCUAAAAGUCCCACCCACUCUACCUAGCCAUUCCCACCACACCUCCUCUUGUCCCCACCCACCCAAGGCACACCCCAGGUCCGCCCAUGGAAGCCCUUCCUAUCAACCACGACAGGAGGCAGUAAACUCUCUAUACCCAAUGUGAACAACAAGACAACACAGUUUGCCUUCAUGACCUCGUUAACUUUCCAGAUGCAUUUGGCUGACUUCUGCCAGAGCAGAAUGCUGUCCUAGAUGAAGACUUUGCCCAAGGCCAUAAAUGAAGUCCAAAGCAGAAGUGAGAUCUGAACCCCAAACACCAGACUAAACUUCCUCUUCCAAAUAUCACCAGGCCUUUGACCCAAAAUUUGCUGCAAUACCACAGUAUGCCAUUUCUCCUCCCAUCACCACAAUUUGCCAUGUUUACAGAGCAAGAGGUAGAACAAAUGCAGGCAGCCCCAUAAAGCAAUAGUCCAAACAGUUAUUCUGCACACCAUGCAUAAUUAACUUAUUAUGGAAUUCACUGCCUCAAAGUAUGGUGACAUCCACUAGCUUAGGUAGCCUUUUCUUUUUGUUAAGGAUAAGACAGAUUCAUGAAGGAGAGGUCUACCAAGAUCUAUUAGCCGUGGUGACUAAAUGAAGCCUCCAUGCUCAGAUAUAACUCAGAUAUAGUAUAUCUUCAAAUAUCAAAUGCUGGGAAAAUGGAACACUGGGUACCCAACAUAUUAGGCUGAGCUUGUGAACUACAGACACAUCUGGCUGGCUGCUACCAAAAACAGACCUUUGUCUGGUCCAGUGGGGCACUUCUUCUGUUCUAAUGCAACAACCAACGCCCGAAUUACAGUUCCUAAGCCCUACAAAUGGAAAGGCUGGGUUCAGACAUCAUGUGAAACGACGGUUUGUUUUAUUAAACUAAAGAUUUGUUUAAGUGUCUGAACCUGAGCCUGCCCAUAGAAUGCAAUUUGUUUGGGGCUGACAAACCAGGAUCUGAAACCAGGAUGUGAAGCUGGUUUGCAAACCACAGUUAAGCUCAUUGCUCCCUACACCUCAAGAGACCGCUGCACCAUGGGAACAAAAAUUGCUCAACCAAAAAAGGCUGUUGCAGAAGUCACCUUAUGUCCAGAACAGAUGGAAAACAAAAUCAGACAAGCAGCUUUAAGCCAUGGUUUGUUUGUUGUACAUCCGGAAGCUCAAAUCAUGGUUUCUGACCUAUGGUUAACAUAAAACAUUAUUUUUUGUUGUUUUGGCUGGGUCCUGACAUAUUUUUUCUUCUCUUUACAAAUUCAUUUCCCACACAGAUCUCCCCCAAUCCAUUUCCCCUUCAAAUGAAAAUCAAUAGUUCCCUAAAUAUCCAUUUCCUUUACAGAUUCCUCCCUAAAGAAAGACAUGCUACUUAGAUAUGCCAGCUUCCAUGGGGCUGCAAAUGAGUUUUAAGGAAGAUGGAUCCACAGCCCCCAGACACUGCUACAGAUGCUGGGCAAUACACAGAUCUACAUCUGCACCAAAACUACCCCACCUUUUCACCAAAAAGUCAAAACUUAGACACAGAUGUCUGCAACUUAAAAUAAAUGUUGUGGCUCAGUGCACUGAAGAAUGUCCUCUGCUCCUUCCCCUCACUUACUGAGAGGCAAAACAAAAGCACGGCUACCUAUACCAGGUAGAGAAGGGCAGGCAGAGGGAACAGUACCCCAGCUGCAUCCUCUCCUGUUUUGGAGACUUAUUUAGAGUGAUGGGGAUGAUUCUCCUGACUUUUCUCAAUGUGAGUUUCAACUGGGCUAGAAGACAACAUGCCACUCCAACCCUUUCACAGUCAAUGAAACAGGAGGAAGGUUUGUGUUAAGGAGAAGUGUGAGCUCUUCUAGGCAAGCUGUCCAUCUUGGAGUGGUACUCCUUGCAUAGUGUCCACUUCCUCCUGGCCAAUGCACCAUUGCUUCACCUUUCUUGGAGGUGGGAUGGGGGUUCUUUACUGAACUGUAAGCACACCUCUCUUUCUGGAAAUUAUCACCUUCUCCGCACAACCUUGCAAAUCAUUAACCUUUUCUUGCUGUCCUGCAACUUGCAAAUCCUGCUUUUCCACAUGAAUAUUAAAGAAUUAAAUAUUAGAGCCUUCUAUUACAUUGCUAUUAUAAUUCCCAUUUAUAAGAAGGGACUUUUUUGUAUGGGGUAGUAUAUAAAUGUACUAAAUAAAUAUAAAUAAAUAAAUAAAUAGGGACACACCUGGCAAUUA